GGCUCAGACUGAUGAGGGAAGCUCGAAAUUGAACCGCCCUCAGCUCGGGUCAUAACUCAGAACCAACAUCGAUAUCAGAGGCACAGCAAGGCGAUCAAACAUAACGAUUAACGGGCUACCCAAAAUGACAACCAGUAUCAAUCACCCAGUUCUCGGAGUGCUCGUUAAUUCGGGAAAUGCAGGAGCCCCUUACCAAUAUCAACAUGCCUCGCUACUGGAGGCAACGGCUCGCGGCGGCGAUCCUGGCACGACACGCGAGAAAGCCAAAUGUAACAAACCACACCGAUUCCAUCAGAGUCGUCUGUAUAUCCGAUACCCACAACUACCAGCCAAACUUGCCACCAGGAGACAUUCUCAUCCACGCCGGCGACCUUACCGAGAACGGGUCGUUUGAUGAGGUGCAAGCGGGCAUCGCCUGGCUUUCUUCCCAACCACACCCCUUCAAAAUCCUCAUCGCCGGCAACCACGACGUCCUACUCGACGAAGCCUUUCUUCAGAAACACCCCGAACGGCGAUACGGGCAACCCAAAACAAAGAAAGACCUAGACUGGGGCGAUGUCAUCUACCUCCAAGACUCAACCAUCACCCUCGACGUCCCUAUCCACACUCCAAACAGGGCCGCAUCACAACCACAAACCAGAAAAGUAAUUAUCCACGGCAGCCCCCGGACCCCACAAUACGGCAUCUCCGCCUUCCAAUACCCCCCCACCACCGGCCCCUCCCUCUGGUCCGAGCAGUUGAGCCACCACCAAGACCACACCACCGAGCCCAAGCCCACCCCAGGCCUUGACAUCCUCAUCACCCACGGGCCCCCCAAGCUCUACCUCGACCACCGCGACAUCCACCGCGCGGGCUGUCCCUACCUGCUGAGCGAGGUAUCCCGCAUCCGGCCGCGGCUGCAUGUCUUUGGGCACAUCCAUGUCGCCUACGGGCGCGAGGAUGUCGUGCUGGACGGGGUGCGGCAGGCGCAUGAUGAUGUGCAGAUUGGGUGGGGAGGAUGGGAGUGUGUGGCGUGGAUGGUGGUGUUGGUCGGCGUACCGAAUACAUAA